UUUAUUAGCAUCGUUUUAACUUUCGCGAACUCGCAUCGCGACGGGAUUCCAACUACCCCGUUCGUUGUGUUUUUUCAACGAUUGUGAAAUGACAAACGUGAAAUGGCGCUGACAAUUGCGAAAUUGCAAUUUUAUCGGACUGAAAGAAAUCGUCUGGAAAUUGAACACCUAUUAAAGAACAAUUAACGCGAACCUUGAAGCUGGAUCUCUUGGCAAUCAUCUCAUUAUGUAGCAUAGUUGGUAAAAAGGUGGGGACUCCAGAAGCAAUAUUUAAUCGAUGCAUAGGUAGAUCCAUUGGUCACUGGCAGUACUUAACCGAAAGCUACCAUUAACUACUAAAAAGGAUGUCUCUUGAUCAGAAAUUCGAGCAAGCAAUAGAAGCUGUAAAAACUCUUACCAAACGUCCUACUGAUGAAGAAUUUUUAGAAUUGUACGCGUUGUUUAAACAAGCAACGGUGGGAAAUAUAAAUACCACGAGACCUGGUAUGCUGGAUUUAAAGGGGAAAGCAAAAUGGGACGCGUGGAAAUCGAAGGAAGGUACGUCGCAGAAUGAUGCGAAAGAAGCCUACAUUAAAUUAGUGGACAAAUUGUUGGAGAAGUACAAAUAAAAUGUUUAAUUAUUUUGUUAUUCAAAUACGACGCUGUAUUAUAUCGGUGUAUGACUUUAUAUGAUUUUCAAAUAAUAUUUUGAAAUAAAAUAGUUAUUUUGAGUUA